CAAAGAAAUAGAACGGGUGAGAAUAUCUUUCCAAUGAUACCACAUAAGUCUAAAUGGGUAAAGUUUUGGCUGAGUUAGUCAAGUUUUUCUUAAACCAACCUUUAAAAAAGUUCAAAACCAGCAUCAAAAAUUUCAUUAUGAUUCCUUAACUUAUUGCGUUUUGAUAACACACUAUUAAUAAAAAUGUUUCAUUCAUUCAAGUACUGACUUUUUUCCAAGAAAAAUGGAAGAUAUAAUUUAUUUUGAUGACGAAUCCCAGGUUGAGGAGGUUUCAAAUGAGCAAUCCCAACAAUGGCCGCAAUCCUCGUUUCAUACAUCGGAAGCGCAUACAUAUUCGUUCCCCAACCGGAAAACUUUUGUGACCUCCACGCCCUUUAAAAAAAGGCAAUUUGUUCAAACAGCGACAGAUGAACAAGAGGAAAACAACAACAACGCAGCUUCCAUCAACAUCACUGAACAAAUCAUUAAAAACCAGCAAGAAAUAUUGGCUAGGCUCGACCAUUUGGAAAACUCAUUUCAUAAAAAUAUGCUAGAUGACGGUGUUAUAAUGGCUCAAAAUCAAACAAUUAGAGAGUGCAAGGUGAUGUUAUCCAAAGUUCAUCGCUCAGUAUGCCGAUUGACAGGGGAGAUUGAGGAUGAGCUCCAGGUAGAAAUUGCGGCUACAUUGCCAAUUUCUAGCAUCGACGCUGCCCAUGAUGUCGAAGAAAAUUUAAAAAAUGCAAAAUAUGUGGAAGCUAUGAAAAUUUAUUUAUUUAAGCUUAAAGGAACGAAAGGAUCCGUUGAUGCUGUUUUCAAAAAACUUUUGACGGACGACCUUCUUAUCGUUUUUAACUACGACGGAAGGAAAAACAAAAAAGCCCUGAAUAAAUUAACGCUGAUAAACGAUUUAUUAUUUGAAGUAUUUAAAUCAGAAGGGCGCCUUAAUUUUGAGAAAAACUUGAGGAAAAGCGUGGAGCUCAGCCAUAACAGAUUUCGGCAAAGGAAGGUGCUGCAAGGAAGCAAGGCCAAUAUUUAAUUAAUUUAAAAGUAAAGACUUUCCAGCGGUACCGCAAAUAUGUUAUGCAUUCUAUUUCUAAAACUUAUUCUUAAGUAUCCCAGUCUUUAUGUAAAUAUAGAAUGUAUGUAUGUAGAUAUAAGUGCAUAUACAUAUUAUGUAUAGCAUCCCAACAAGCAUUUCUGUAUUUUUAAAAGUAUCUUAAAGCAAGCUUGCUAUAUUAACAGCGUUUUUAGUAUUAAGUUUAUUUUAAGUUUUUCAAAUGAAGCUAUUAUAAGUGUUUGGGGGAAUAUUUAUAAAUCACUAAACCUUAAAACUAAGCUGCAAAUGUUUACGAUAAAAGCCAGAAGAAAUACUUUUAUUUAAUCUAUUAUAAAUUUAUAUUCACGCGCUUAUAAAGAAGGUGCCGUUUCGAUUAUAUUACGCUUUUUUUAUGCGUUUUAAAAACCAAGAAUAAUCGUUUUGUAAAGCAGCAUUUACGUGAGGCGAUUUUGUAAGCGAUUCAAUAUCGCUUAAAGAGUUUAAUCGCUUAGAAAAUCUUACAUUAGGUGAUUGCUGCUUAAGCUUUAUGUUUAUUUUAGUAAACUUGCAAAAAUAAUACUUUUUAGUUUAGUUUGCUUGUUGGGAUAUAAACCCAAAAUUUCAUUUUCAUCCAAUAAUUUAUAACACAAUUCAAUUAUAAGUUUAAAUGUUUAACAAAGCCUUUGAACUUCAAUUAAUUAAACUAUUUAAAUCUAUUUUAAAAUA